AUGACUGCAAACCAUCUUCUUAUCUGUUACAGCGGCCAACGAGAGGAUAAAACUCACGGCGGAGGUUUAGGUGAUUCGAGCAGCGAAAGUGGCGAUGAAACGAAGAGGCAGGCGGUCAAUCAGCAACCGCCUCAACAACCAUCAUCCUGCGCUGUAGCUGCGCAGCAGCAGCAACCGAUGAUGGAACAUCAACAGGCGUCGAGCAUGUAUCAGCUUCCUCCUCCUGUCUCGGUUUCCAGUCCUCAUUCGUACCACCAAGGUCAUGGCUCGACCUUGAGCCAUCCUCACACGCCGACGCACCAUAUACAACACCACGAUACCGGAAGCGAGAGCGGAGACGACAAACGGAACCUUCAUCAUCAGCUGCAACAUCAUCUCCAGGUCGGUGCUCACGGUACUCACGGCUUGGUACAUCCCACGGCGACCUUGCCACCGCCGCCACCCAGCUGCGCCCAGCAGAAGAGCCAGUUGGACUAUAUGCAGUACUAUAGUCCACAGGAUUACCUAAUCACACCGACCUCGGCGGAUCUGCAGAAGUCGCUUCCUCAUACAGCCACGUCGAUGCAGAUGGGUGCUAUAGCUCCUUCCAUGGGUGGUCUGAGCCCGAUGGGUCCGUCGACGAUGCUGCCGAACACGAUGCAAAGCGUGAACACGAUGAACACUAUGUCGAUGAACGGCAUGGGGAUGGGAGCGUAUCAGGGCAUGGGUUCCAUGGGCAUGUCUACGUCGCAUGGUAGUUAUCACAGCGGCCUGGUGUUAGGCGAUUAUCACUCAUUGUGACCCUGGGCCCCGAGCAGCCAGGGCAAGAGAAACCAAGAGAAAACCUAAAGAGACAGACGAUACGAAACCUAUAAGAGAAAAAAGAAAAAAAAGAAAAAAAGGAAACUGAGAAGGAAGCUAGUUUUUGCGAUUCGUAAGCGAGUCUGGCCACGAAAUUAUAUCUGUGAGAUAGUGGGAGACGAAAGGUGACCGUAUUAUAAUUUCGAGAUAGCUGGGCCGAUUCGUCCAGUUUGUGCUCGAUCAGGAAUCCAGAGUAUACCACGUUAGGUAAUUAGGAAGAACAUUUUGUUGUUCGCGAUGUUAGAUCGAAGGCGCGAGAAACAUGUCGAUUCGAAAUCGACGAGACGAACGAUCUGCGUAUAGUCGAGGAUCGUAAUGUACGUACUAGUUGUAUACAUUGCCAGGGAACAUCAGUUGCGAUUUUUUCGUGGCUCUGAAACGGAGAUAGGACGAACGAAGAGAUCGUGUACCGCGGAAGCGGAUGCGCCCGAUCUCGCUGAAGCUUCUCGUUCUAGGGACGAGUUGCAGCAGGUUUUGGGGACGUUUGCGGAACGUUGGAGUUCGGAUAAAUAUCGAAACAAAGAGAAACAUCUCGUAUCUCUGACCGAAGCGACCACAUCAUGCCUCGACUUUUUAAUCGCCGCACAUAUACACACACACACACACACACACACACACGCUCGAGAAACGAUCUUUCCGACAAACUAAAAGAAAGAACAAAAAGAGAGAAAGAUUUUCACCUGUGGUAUUACGCGUAAUACAUGUUCUUCGCACACAGAUACAGGAUACACGAACGACGCCCAUUUGGUUCUCCCAAUUCUUUUGGGAACGAACGAUAUAUAUAGUAUAUAUAUAUAUAUAACGCAUACGAUUAUUACGAAUAGUAGCCGUGAGAAGACGAGGAAAAUCGAGGCAGCGGGGGAACGCUUCCGGCGUGAAAAUAGCAAAAGACAUGUUAGCAUUUUUCUUUUUCUUUCUUUAUCCCAUAUCGCCCUGCGACGCCAGACAAGGCCGACGUUUUUUCUUGUUUUUACAACACAGCUUGCAGAAACAACGCAAACAUACGUCGUAUUUUAUCUUAGUUGUCUUUUCUCCCCGCGAAUCCAACGAUUCUCAUUAUUCCCAUUAUUAUUCCCCGUUUUAAUCUCGUAGCGUAUCGCCCGUACCUAGGUCCUGAGAAAUAAGAGCAACACACUCAUACGUUGUUUACGGUUACCAGUAGUUGGUUGGAACCGUGCAAGCCUCGACCUGCUGCCGGAAUCUUUCUGGACCUUGGCGAACGUCGUGUUAUAAGCCUCUCGGUAUUUUUCCCUGUCUUUCAUAUGUGGGGAAUUACGAAAUAGUGGCUGAUUUUCUGUGUUGCCUGGAAGAAGGGAAAGACACAGUGUUCGAUAUGUCUGUAACAGUGUUCGUGCGUGUUUUGUGGUCAUUUUUGUCGAAGAAUGUAAAAUAUCCAGUAAUCGUUUAAGUUGGAGAAAAUUAUCGGUAAAAUUCUUAACGAAAUACUUGGUAGCUUUGAAAGAAAUUUCGGUAAAUUUAUCGAGAUGUUACGCGGUAGAAUUUCGUUUAAGUUUUCGAUGACAGGAUAACAUUUAAUAUCUGCAACGGGAUAAUAUUUGAAGAGAGAUUAUUCGGGAUAAUAUGUAAGUUAUAACGUAGACAAAAUAUUUCAAUAAUCUAGAAGGUAUAAUUUUAUAUAAACAAAUGUUUGAUAUUCAGAGAAACAAUUUUACGUUAACGAUAAUGUUUAGUACCAAUUAAUUUCUUCAUUAGGUAAUAACGGAAGAACAAGCGAGAAUAAGUAAGCACGAUGAACGUCGACGGUCCAGGAGCACCGGUUCCCCUUCCUUUAUGGGAGGAGAACGAUGUUAUUUGGAAGAUUCAACACCACCGUGCAGGCAAGAUCCCUGAGAGUGAUCUCUGAGGCGUGUACGGAUCUUAGCCAUCCCCCGCUAAUUAAUUAACGUCACUAUAACGAACCACACACGCUCUUCACACACCGAUCCUCUCACACCGUACGCUUCUGUGUUUGUCCUGUGUACAUAUGUAGAUAAUAUACACUCACACAGUUUAUACACACUUUCAUACACACGUACACCUUCCUACACACCCACUCGUACACGUGUACACUGCUGGCCAUUGUUAGAAUAUUCGAACGAACGGAAUCGCUGAGAAGUUAAUUUGAUGAAUGUCACUUUCGCGAAGCUUGUUAAUUUUCACGAUGUAAAAGAUGUACACGAUCGUUAUUUAAUUUUUCGUAUUUUAAUCUUGAUACUUACGGUCAGCAGAGUAGAUACACGUUUACACGAGCGUUCGAAGGAAGAUUAAGUUAAUCUCGUCUAUAACGGGCGAGUACCGGGUGUUUGCGAAUCAGGCUCGAGUCACGAUUCAAUUUCAUUCUCUGAUACGCGAUUAUUCGAAAAGCCUGUCUUUAUUUAUGGCUCGCAGCAUCCUCUUCUUUGUAUCAAUUCGCGAUCUUGCUGCUCGUUCGUGCACAACGCUGUUCAAGACUAAGUGUAUGUAGACGCGACCGUGUAUAUGUAGAUCGAGAAUACAGAGGAAGAACACGAUAAGUCAUACUUACUGUUUCUCACGGAAAAAUACCGAUAAUGCCAAACGCAAUAUCAUUAUCGAUACAACUGUACGUAGUUAAGCAAUAGAAGAGAUACGAGUAAUUGAUGAAUCAUUUAACUCUUCGAGGUGCACGAAUUUCUACCGACUUCCAAACGUAAAUACACAAGCAAAUAAGCGUAUUAUUUUGUAGAACAGAAGUACAGCAUAAACGGAAAAUUGCGAUUAUUCCUAUAGCGGAGAGAAAUACGUGUAAACGUUUAAUUUACACGUAAUCCUCUAACGAAGUGCAUCGUUGAUAAUGAUCUUGCUACGCUGUAUCAGACAAUUUUUAUUCCCUCGCGUACUCGUGACAGUAUUUAUAUUGUUAAUCGUAAAGUGACGUUAAGAUCAAUAGAACAAGAAAAUCGUACUUAUCGUGUUUUUCAUUCGACGUGAUCGUGCAAGAGAGGAAGAGAAAGAAGACACAGCGAGAACGAAACGUUCGUUCGGUUUUACCGGUCUCGAAGAUACCUCUUCAUUAGGCCAGUGAAAAAUGAUGAAAUUUUAAUUGCUUGACGCGUGUCAGGCUGGUUAUAGGCGGCUAGGACCGUGCAUUAGAUAGAAAUGGUAUGCAAAUUAGCGUGACCAAGGCAAAAGCGAGCGGUAGGCGGAGCAGCUGCUUCCUGCCAGCCAAUUGCCGAGUGCCAAUCUUUUCAUCGCAAAUAGAAUCAGCAACACCUUUACAGAACACCGCUCUUGUCUCUGUGUCUCGCUCUUUUGCCUCCGCUGUACUCUCACGUUAUGAAUUGCAUCGUUGACAGAAAUUAGUAGCAGUUUCUGAAUAGUUGCAUAUGCGUUUCAAUUAAAGUCGUCAGUUCCUCGAAAUAAGGGCAAAUUUUGUUAUUCUCGUGUUGUUUGGAGUAAUUGAAACGUAGGAUACAUCCGGUGAUUGUUUUAAUUUAGUUACGCUUAUUCGAGGUAUAAUUGUUGGAUCUGUAUUUCACUAAUCUUGUGAUAGAUCGCCUUGGAUAUUAAUUGCGGAUUAAUUGCGGUAUAGACGACAACGUGUUUUUUUUUAUUUCAGAUGAACGUGGAUAAAAUCCAAUUUUACUGACACGUUAUCGUUUAUUUAGAAAUUUCGAGAAACAAUCGGGAUCAAGAUAUGUCGGCACUUUUCUAUUUUGAUAAUGGAAAUUAGAGAAACACGGUUGAAGCUUAAACCAGCAAUUCAGAUUCAGCUCGUUCUUUAAAACCUACUUCGAGCGUGUCACAUUUUCUAAUUUAUCAUUUCUACAAUUUCUAGAGAUAACGAUGGAAUUUUUAAGAUACAUCUAGGAAAUCGAAUUAUUUCUAAUUCUUGAACAAUUAUUGUACUCGAAGAACGCAGCCCGAGAAGCCAAACGAGAGGACGAGCCUCAAAUAUUCGUUUCUUCCUCGAAAACACCCGGUAUAAAAUAAAAAAACACUGUCGUAGAUAGCGUAAGUUAGAGCGUAACUUAUCAUUUAUUAUCCGCAGUUCGCAGUCUGUACAUAAAGAGAGAGAGAGAGAGAGAAGAGCGAAAAACCUACAAGUACGAGAGAGAGAGAGAGAGAGAGAGAGAGAACGAGAUUGAAUGGAGAGUGGUAGAAUGUGUGAAAGGUAUAAGAUAAUGAGCGAGGAAAAAUCUGAAAACACACGGUAUAUAGCUAGAACGAGGAAUAGGAAAGAAGAGAAAACGCGAGGUGUGUAUCGUACAGGUGACAAAAUUUAAACGCUAUAGAGGAGAAAGAAAAGGCAAAAAAGAGGUAAAGAGUAUAAGUUUUAUCGGUUCUCUAUUUAAGGGACAUCUCUCGUGCAGAUGUCCGGAAUGUAUAUCCCGUUGGAUGCGACAUUGCCUUGUAAGAUUCUUAUCUAGGAUGCUGAGCAGAGGAAAGGAUUUUUCCCUGUUAGAAAGAGUCCUCGGGACGAAACAGGGUAAGCAAAAGAAAGGGGACGAGGAACGACGGGGAAGAGGAAAAGGAAGCUAGACGAAGAAACGCUUUUGUAUCAUCUGUUGGCAAAUCUGUUUAGACAACUCAAACUCCUUGUUUCAAAUUUGUUUUAUUUGCGUGUUUACAAAUUGGGGACAAACUGAAAUUCUUGAUCAUUCUCUUUGUACCAUCAUCUUGGUCUUCCUUCAUCAGUUUAAAAUAUUUAGUCAUUAGUCAGAGUGUAUAAUACAUUGUGUAAUUUUAUAGAAAAGAUGAGACACAGAAGGAGAUUUCAAUAUUUUAACGUAUCUUGAAAAAAAAGGAACGAUAAAUAGGACACUUUAAUUAUAUCAGGAGGGCAGCUUUUUUCUCCACUAUUAUGUUAUAUGCUAUUGGUAAUACAGAACAUUCGCGUCGAGGAUCUAGUUCUACUUUGAGUCUGAUCAUUUUAUUUCAUCUUUUUUUUUUUGUUUUUAUUUAUUUUGUUCGCUCUUUUUAAUUGGAUUCAUUGGAUACGUACUCUAGACAUGUUUAAUGAAAUUGGUGUACUGCUUUUUUUUUUUAAUAGUUUUAUUCUCUAUCAACUUUUUACGAAUAUUGGAGUGAAAAUAGAAAUGAAAUUUUUUUUUUUUACGCGUUUUAUAUCAAAUCAAUUUAACGCAGAGCUACCUUCGAUUUCGGAGUCGAUAACUGUGUUAUGUCUAUGUCUUAACGAGUCUUUUUUACUGCUUUUAACAUGUGUGCAUCGAUCACCUUUCUUUUUAUAACACACGUGAAAUUUAUUAGAAUCAUGGAAGAUAUAACGUUAUAAUAAUAUAAUUGAAAUUUUAUACCUUUCUUUGCAAGCUGUAAAAUUAAGAUAUAUAUAAUCAUCAGGUAUACGUGUGAAAUCAAGCUGCGUUACCAGAAGUAUAAAAUCAUAUCGCGUAAAAUCAGGAUCAUAGAAUCAUGAAAUAUAUACAGUCGAUGUAUCAAUGAAACGAAGAUCUAUAGUCAUCGAAAGUAUAAUAUCAAGGUAUAAGAUCAAGAUAUAAAAUCGAGAUAUAGAAUCUUCAGAUACAUGAAAUCAACAUAACAUAUAUAGAAUCAUGAAACGUAAAGUUGAAAUAAAAAGAUCGUUUCUUUAGAUUUUUGCGUAAUUUGAUUUAGUUCUCGCACAAAAUGUCUCGAGGAGAACUAACGACAGUGAAGAGCAGUCUGUCGCUCUGUUAUAUCCUCGGUUAUAUCGACAUCCGUUCUCUUUCGAGAUUUUUAUAGUCCAACAAGGAGCCAAACUGUCUUCGAUUCACGCACAAUCUACGCUUUGUACGGCACAGUAUACACGCUCGACGUCGUUCAGGGUGCACACCACUCGCGAGACAUUCCGAAAAUGCACACAAGCGCGGAUUCAGGCAAAAGAAUUCUUUUUUUUUUAUUUUCUUCCUUUUUUUUGUUUUUUAAUUUUCUAAGAAUUUCCGGGCAAUCGUUUGUUUGAACUUUGCUUUUGGUUUUUAUUCGACGAUCAAUCGCUGGCUUCGUUAUAAAUGUAGAUCAAAUUUCCAAUCGACUUCCUUUCUUUUCUUUUAUCUUCAUAACAAUCAGCGUUGUUUUAAAAAUCCUACAUUAUAUUUUUAACCAUGCUGUUAUACCUGUUUGGAUGAUUUUAAACCUGAUCGUGUUUUUGUAUUGUUUUGUUACGUUUCUUCAUUUUGGGUUACGUUUCUUCAAGCGAGUCAUUUUUCGUUUCGGUUUUAUAUUCUGUUGUUUUUUUUUUUAACACCGUGUGGAACGUGAAGAGGGUCAAAGAAUCGGAAGCUCUUGAAUCUGUUUCUGUUCGUUGAAUCAAGUGGAAGACAAGAAUUCAGUGAUAGUAGAACAGUAUCUAUUUCUUCACCUUGUUUCUGUAGGAUCGAUUUCCUUUUUUUUUUUUUUUUUUAUUUAAAGGAGAAAAUAUUUCUUUUAUUUCUCAUCUUUCUCCCUUUUAUCCUUGGUUUUAAUAGGGAAAUCAGAGUUUCGUCUUGGUUUUAUAUUCGUUAAUGUGUAAUAGCUUUUAACGUAUACGUUAGCGAAGAUUCGGAGCAUGUGAUCGUUCAUUUAUCAGGCUCGUUUCGACGUUCAGGCGAAGUUGGCUCUUUUAACUUUUAGAGAUGUUUUGUCGCUUUACCGGGCCAAGGCUGCCGAUAAAUCUUCCUAGGGUAUAAUUAGACAAGAAUCACUUGUCGCGCGGAUCAUCUCCUCCCAGAACGCUAGGACUUCGCAGCCAGCAACAAACAAGUCAGCAAUAAAAGAAUGUCGAGGAAUCGUCGUUUUAUAUCUAAUAUAUCGCGAGCAAUUCUCGAAGAGGAUUAGAAGAAACCGUUUGUAAAUGAAACGCCACAAUCCGAUCAGGCGAUUGGCCUUGAAAAGUCCAACGCUAUUAACGAUAUCAAGAUCUCCAAAUAUCACAAGUAUUAAUCGUAUUAAGAAUAUUCAAAAUUUUGUGAGAAUCUGAAAAUGGAAGUGAUAUUGAUUGAAAUCUCUCGGCUUGUGAAAUUAGAUUCACCAAAUAUCGCGACUGUCGAUAAUACUAAAGAUAUUCUUCAAAAAUUUGUCAGAAGAAGAUAAUCUCUAAACGUUUCGUUUCCGAUAUCGCAAAUAUUUUGAGAAAGUCUAGAAAUCGAAGAAUACGAAAAUUACCAAACGUAACAGUAGACACCAAGGAAACAAGACUCUCGCGAAUCGAAAUCGAAUAUUUAAAUCUCAAAGUUUCGCCCAAGGAAUUGGUCCGAUCUUCGGUUGGAUCAAUCGGUUUCGUCGGUCUUAGCACAAAUCUCUCUUGAAUCGGUAAUUCACAAAGGGAAACUGUACAGUGGACAAAAGUGCCGAUAAAUACACGCAUAGGAGUGGUAUUGUACCGUUUUUCGUUCGCAGAAAAUGUUUUGCGCAAGGACGAUUAUUAAUAACCGACAGUUCUUCCCAGCAGUUCUCAUUCGUGUAUUUUAGCGGACAAGCUUAACGUUGCACAACUAACUAAGACAAAUCGCUAAGAGUGAGAGAAUGAGAGAAAGGAGAAGCUGAGAAAUAAGAGGAAUGAGAGAACGAAGAGGAGAGAAUGGCUUGUGUAUAUGUGUAGGUGUACGCGUGAAUGAAAACUGAUGUGCAAAGGGUAGCACGAAUAGACAAGUAAGAAGAGAUCACACGAUGUACGAUCGAACUGUAAUCGAAGUAAAAGUUGAUGUUAUUUAAAGUAAUAAAAGGAAAAUAUUAUAUAUAUAUAUAUAUGUAUAUAAUAUAUAUUAUAUAUUAUAUUAUAUAUAUAUUAUAUAUAUAUAUAUUAUAUAUACAACACGUGGGUAACGAUAACUCCCUUACACGAUGUAUUAUCCUGUAAAACUUCUGCGCUAAUUAAAUGUUAAAUUAAAUUCGUUAUCGAGCAUUGAUUUAUUUUUUUUCAGACGAAUAAGUGGCUUUUUUUUUAAAAGAAAUUUACGGCGAACGAGAAGAUGAAUAUUUUGAACCUUUGAAGAUCGAAUAUAGCUUAUACGUAACUGCUGCAGUAAAAGCUGGAUAAAAUCAACUAGAAGAUGCAUACAUAGGUAUUUUUAUACGUUUGUGUAUAUAGAUUAUAUUUUCUGUUGAAUUUUUCUGUUGCUAUUUCUUGAAACUUGUAUCUUCGAGAUCUAUGUAGUAAUAGAAACUAUAAAAUUUAUUUGAUAGAAAUGGUGUAAUUCCGGUGAAAGAUUAAUGUACAGAGUACACGUGUAUUUAAUACUGGAUGCAAAUAUCUAAAGCAAAGAUCACUUGUUUAGUUUGUAAAUCAAGAAACCUAUUGGUAAGGUAUUCUCCUCAUAAAAAUAGAGAAACGCCACAGUGUAAUGAUUCGAACGAUAACAAUAAUUGGUAGACAUUUAUCCUUGGAAUACUGAUAAUUAUUUGAAUAGUUUACAUUUAGAAUACGUGCAAUUUCCAAUGAAUAAUAUACAAGAUAUAACGAUAUGAACAAAAGCGUGUUCACUGCUUCAAUAAAGAAUCAUCGUAUCUGUUAAAGCAAUGUCAAGGGACUUUUACCUGACUUUUAUAUCGAAGCAGAAACGAGGUGAAGUGUAAAAGGUUUAUCGUUCGAAUAAUUAUGAGCAGUAGUGUACAUAUGUAUAUACUAUUAACAAAUUAAUUAAAUAAACAAGUGUAUAUCGUAAACCACAGUUUUCUUGAAGAACUUCAAAAACAUAAAAUCUUUCAAACUU